UUAUCUCCUCCACGUGCUGCUUGUAAAUGAUCUGCUUAGAGAGAUAAAGUCAAACUAGUUAUUUCACAUCACCCUGUCUCAUCCAAGCAUCUACAAGUCAAUAAAAUCUGAUUUCUAGCUCGAAAACACAAAGAUGCUUCAGUCCCAGAUUCUUAAUUUUCCCUUCAGUUUCUUGUCUUUGCUUUAAAAGAAAUCAUUACCUUAAAUAAAAUCCCAUUAGCAGCUAUAAACUAGUGCGAAAAAAUACAUUCCAGAAAUAAUUCGAAAAUUAAUAUCCAUGUGGAAAUGUUCUUGUCAGUUUAAGUGAAACUCUUGACAAUUAUUCCAACAAUAUGAAAUUUAAGCAGCCACAUUUUUGAUAAUGCUAACACUGACAGAAAUGAAAAAAAGAAAAAUUCAGAAAGACGGAUCACAUUUUAAAGUGUGCAAAAAGGUAUAAUUGUACUCUUAAGAUGGAAAUCUCUUCACACUAACCUUCCACCUCUUGCUGCAUCAAUAAUGUUGUAAUAGUCCAACAGAGGAUAAUUUAUGCUUUAUUGCAAGACUAUAAGAGCUUUUAAAUCUGAGAGAAUGAGUUUUAUAUCGACAUGGAUGCUGCUUUAAAUCUCCUGAGUGAGUUUCACGUCUAACCUGCACAUGGCUUCAGAAACUCAUCCAAAAGUAUUUAAUCUUUGCGGAAAGCAAAUUACAGCUUUAGUUUGUCUUGAGUGUCUUAACGAGGCUUUAAUCACGGUCUGACACCUCAUGGUCUAAGGUUUAGCUUAGCCAGCUGAUUUCCAUCUAAAGUCAGCGGACAGCUCGCCUCAUUCUCCACAACACACAGCCUCCUCCUCCGCAACCUUGUCUGCACGUGAAAUCGAGCCAGGCAUCAUUGAUUUUUCUUCCCCUCCCUGCAAAACCAAAAGGCACACGAGCAGCUCAUCCUUUUUGGUUUGUCAGUUUUGUUGCCGGAACUGCAAGACGUGCUGCAGCGUUGAUUUUCUGUCUCCUGUUGGAUCUGAAGGGCAUUCACACAGUUUGAGUGGCAGCUGAGGUCAGAGGUCAUGUUAUCAGGAACUGGAGUUUCUGCAGUUUAGAUUGGAGGUUGGGUAGAAGGACUGGGAAUGUUUGGGAUCUUUUUCCAGAACAAAUCUAUAUCCACAGUGACAUUUUUAGCCAAAUGGGACUGAACGACAGCAGCCCGGGUGCAAUGAGAAACGGCCGUGGUCUGUCAGACCAGUGGGCAGAUUCGGUGGUGGUUCGACCUCGCACCACCGAGCGGCACAUCACGGUGCACAAGCGGCUGGUGCUGGGCUUCGCUCUGUCCAUCGUCACCUUGAUCAUUGUCACGGUGGUGGCCGUGGUGCUCAGCAUCCGCUUUGAGGAGUGUGAUGGAAGAGACCGUAACGGCAUGCCAGGGGAGUCGAGCUCGCGGGGACCUGGCGGGUCAGCGAAAUUGAAUGGAAGCAGAGGGGAGAGGAUGGGUGAGAGGGGUGAGGAGGAGGUGGCUCAGCCAUGGAGGAACCCUCGGCUGUCGGGCUCGGUGAGGCCGCGACACUACGACCUGCGGCUUGGGGUCUACAUGGACAACUUCACCUUUUCCGGAGAGGUCAGCAUCGAGCUGGAGUGUAUCAACGCCACCCGCUUCAUCGUACUGCAUGCUGAUCGCCUUGAGGUGGACCGGGUAUCAGUUACAGCAGAGAGCGGGGCUGGUGGUCGCCCUACCAACAGGCCUGGGGGCGGAGUCAUGCGUGUCCACCGCCACUUCCCCUUCCCGUCCAAUCAGAUGUACGUAGUGGUGCUGCACCGCGAGCUGAAGCCUAUGCGAGUGUACCGGCUGAACGUGAGCUUCGACGCAGCCAUCGAGGACGAGCUGCUGGGCUUCUUCCGGAGCUCGUACACCCUGCAGCGGGAGCGACGCUUCCUGGCGGUGACUCAGUUCAGUCCCAUCCACGCCAGAAAGGCCUUCCCGUGCUUUGACGAGCCCAUGUACAAGGCCACGUUCUCGCUCAGCCUCCGCCACGACUCGCAGUACACCUCGCUCUCCAACAUGCCCGUGGAGAGCAGCUCAUUGGCCGAUGAAGACGGCUGGCUGACCAAUCACUUCACCUGCACGCCCCGCAUGUCCACGUAUUACCUGGCCUGGGCCGUGUGCAACUUCACCUACAGAGAGACGCAGACUGACAGCGGGGUGACGAUCCGUCUAUAUGCUCGGCCGGAUGCCAUUUCAAGCGGAGCGGGGGACUACGCACUUCACAUCACCAAGAGGCUUCUGGGAUUCUAUCAGGACUACUUUAAAGUCCAAUACUCACUCCCUAAAUUAGACUUGUUGGCGGUGCCUAAACAUCCCUACGCCGCCAUGGAGAACUGGGGACUGAGCGUCUUUGUGGAGCAGAAGAUUCUGUUGGACGCUGAGGUGUCGUCCUCGUCCUAUCAGAUGGAGCUGACCAUGGUGGUCGUCCACGAAAUCUGCCACCAGUGGUUUGGUGAUCUGGUGACACCUGUCUGGUGGGAGGAUGUGUGGUUAAAAGAAGGUUUCGCUCACUUCUUUGAGUACGUCGGCACAGACUUCCUCUUCCCAAAAUGGAACAUGGAAAAACAACGCUUCCUGACUGACGUUCUUCAUGAGGUGAUGCUAUUGGACGGCUUAAGCUCCUCCCACCCAAUCUCUCAGGAAGUGGAGCAGGCGACAGACAUCGACCGAGUCUUUGACUGGAUCGCCUAUAAGAAGGGGGCAGCGCUCAUACGGAUGCUGGCUAACGUGAUGGGACAGCCGCUGUUCCAGAGAGGACUGAAUGAUUAUCUGCUGAGUCACAUGUACAGUAACGCUGCCAGAGACGACCUGUGGAGGAAACUGUCCCAGGCCAUGCACUCAGAUGGGCGAGACAUCGACAUCGGCGAGAUGAUGGACAGAUGGACCUUACAAAUGGGUUACCCGAUUGUCACCAUCAGCAAGAACCAAUCAGAGCAGCUCCCAGCGCAUUACAUCACUGUCAGCCAGCAGCACUUCCUGUACGGACAGGAAGUGCUGAGCAACAGCAGUUUGCUGUGGCAGGUGCCGUUAACAGUCGCCGUGGGCAACACAUCCACCGUUUGCUCCAAGAGGCUCAUCUGGAUCAACAACAGAACGGAAACACACAGAAUCGGCCAGAUGGGCGACGACAUGUGGCUACUAGGCAACAUCAACCAGACCGGCUAUUUCCGAGUGAACUAUGACUUCCAAAACUGGAAACUGUUGAUUCAGCAGCUCCACACCAACCCUCAGAUCAUUUCCGUCGGGAACAGAGCAGGUCUUAUCGACGAUGCCUUCAACCUGGCUAGGGCGGGGUACCUCCCACAGGGCAUUCCUCUGCAGCUGAUUGGCUACUUGCCAGAUGAGGCGUCCUUCCUGCCGUGGCACGCUGCCAGCCGAGCGCUCUACCAACUGGACAAGCUGCUGGACCGCACCGACGAAUACAGCCUCUUCAGUGACUACGUGCUGAAGCAGGUCGCCUCACGCUACCAUCAGAUGGGCUGGCCAGGGAAUGGCGCCAGCAACGAGGGCAACGUCCUGCAGGCGUCCUACCAGACUGAGGAGCUACAGCGGGAGCUCAUCAUGUUAGCUUGUAGCUUUGGGAACAAACAGUGCCACCGUCAGGCCAUCGCCCACAUCUCCAACUGGAUCUCCAGCAACAAGAACAGGAUUCCUCCCAACAUCAGGGACAUUGUGUACUGUACCGGGGUCAGCCUGAUGGACGAGGACGUGUGGGAGUUCAUCUGGAUGAAGUUCCACUCGUCCAGUGCCGUGUCGGAGAAGAAGAUCCUGCUGGAGGCAUUGACCUGCUCUGACAACACCUUCCUCCUCAACAGGCUGCUGAACCUGUCCCUGACCUCUGACCUGGUCCCAGAGCAGGAUGUCAUUGACGUUAUCAUCCACGUGGGCCGGAACCCUCAAGGCCGGAGUCUGGCCUGGAAGUACUUCAGAGAGAAGUGGGACAUCCUGAAUGCACGGUACGGUGAAGCGCUGUUCAUGAACUCAGAGCUGAUCAACGGAGUCACCGAGUUCCUGAACACCGAGAAAGAACUUAACGAGCUAAAGGAGUUUAUCCUGUCCAGCGGCGUGGGGGCGGGGCCUGCAUUGCCUCGAGCACUGGAGAUUGUUGAGGGGAAUGUGCGCUGGCACCGCCUCCACCGGUGGCAGUUCUACCAAUGGCUGCGUAAAGGUCCAAACCCCGCCCUCGGCUAACAUGGCGCUAGUCGAGCUUGAAUGCAGUGACUGCUAAAGAAAUGCCAUUGUGUGCCGCUAGUUUAACGAUAGCAG